GCACGGGAUCGAGUUGGCUACCGGCAUCCAAGAAUUUUUUUUCCCUCCCCGCGCCAGACCUAGCGAUGACUCCUCCCCGCGGCGAGAAGCUUCAGGCGGCGGCGGCGGCGCAGGUCUCACAGGUCAUGCUGAUAAGGGGAACCCCGGGAGGCCGAGUUAAGUCAUAGUCCUAUCAGGCCAGCAGCUCCAGCAGCAACUUUCCCGAGUUGCCAGGUCCACAACACUUGUAGAAGAUAUGCUCUCUGGUGCAGGAUGAAGGCUAAAUUUCUGUCCGGAAUGUUGUAUUCAACGUUUCGCCUGGGCCGUUCUUCUGUGCACCCCGGCUGCCAUGGAAAAUCUACAAGAAAAUUUUCAGAGAAGGCAUCUGGUCCAGUGACUCAAAGAAUGCAAUGUGCCAAGAAGUAUGAUCGCGCUGAGGAUUUGGUGUGUCCAGUACAAUACUUUAAAGAAGAGUUAGGGUUCCUAAAAUCUCUGGAUGAGAAUGAACUUCUCGGAGCAGCUGAAAAGAAAGGCAGGUCUGAGGUCAGGAUGGAGGUAGCGAGAGCAGCAAGAUCGCUGCCUGAGCUCAUCUUGAAGAGACAUGCUAUUGGAAUAGCCUGUGGUGACAGCCUGAAGCUAAGCAAUAUCAGGAUUUCGAGGUCUAUUGGCAAGUUCGUAUUUGUCGAACCCCCAAAACCUACGGAUAGAUGCCUUAGGCUCGUAGAUGACUUCAGCCGUGGGGCAGAUGUAUUGGAGGAGCUAGCAAGCUCAGUUUUGGGCCCUGGUGCUCGGAUGCCGAAGGUCUGGGAUGAUUUCCUUGACAAGUUAAGAGAGCAAUGCCCAAGAGUGCACAUCAUAAUGUAUCACUCACUCUUCUUGUCAUUGAAUCUGAGGUAUUGUCUAAGGGUCAUUGUGGAUCAGCGGUUCCGCAAGGACUUCGGUUCACUGAAGAAGGAGCAGAAGGAUGCUAUCCGGAAGUUCAUUGAAAAACUUGGCAUGACGCGCAAGGAGGAUCUGCCCUCGCUCCUGCUCAGGAAUGAGUUUCUGAAGUUUGUCUCGUUAAGGUCAAGAAAGGGCGCGCAGGGAAGACGCGGGAAAUCAAAUUCACAGCUGAGCACCCAGGAGGCAGUCUGGAGUGACAAAGGCCGAUCCAUCAUAGCCUUCAACAGAGAUGGCGUCGUCCAUGGUUGCAAGGACGAUCCGAAUGACAAGGAGAUAGCAGCUAUGCCCAACAUCCAGAAGCACUGGAGGACUCAGGAGAAUGUCAUCCAGUUACUGUGUGAGGAGUUUGAGCUUCUUGAUCAGUCAUACAUCGAGCUGUGUGAUGACGAUGAGAAGAUACUGUGGAAACUGGUGAGAAUAUGGGAGCUCUUUGGCGAGACUGAAGGCUAUUGGCAGGCUGCCAUUGCUGCAUUACAUGAAGAGUCAAAAGCUUCACUGGCGAACGGUUCAACCAAGUGUGAGGUGGCUCUUUGCAUGUAAGAGUAACAGUUUACUCUCAGUUUAGGUUGUUCCCCGUAAUGAGAAUUUGCUAGUAGGUUUGGAUCAUUCUCCGAGUCCGAGCUGCCUCUGUUGAGUUGUAUCCUGAUGGUAAUUUGGUGCAGUCUUGAACCUGUCGAGUUGUAUCCUGAUGGUAAUUUGGUGCAGUCUUGAACCUGUCGUGUCGAUGAUGAUAUGUCUGACUACUCUGUUGAGUUGUGUUCUGAAGGUGAUAUUUUGGUGCACUGUUGCACGAAAUAAGUUGCAAUUUGUGGUCAUUC